CCCAUUCUCCCUUUGAAAAGUAUAUACCCUAAAAGGAUUGUUGCAGGUGUUUCUUAAUUGCUGAUUUUGUCAAAAUUCCAGGUGUUUUACCUCUGAUCUUGUGGGCCCACCAUGCAUGUGAAGAAGUACCUGGUGAAGUGCCUGCAUCGGCUGCAGAAGGGCCCCGGCUACACAUACAAGGAGCUGCUGGUCUGGUACUGCAACAACACCAACACCCACGGCCCCAAGCGCAUCAUCUGCGAGGGGCCCAAGAAGAAGGCCAUGUGGUUUGUGCUUACCCUGCUCUUCGCCUCCCUCGUCUUCUGGCAGUGGGGUGUCUUCAUCAAGACCUACCUGAGCUGGAAGGUCAGCGUGUCCCUUUCCAUCGGCUUCAAGAACAUGGACUUCCCCGCUGUCACCAUCUGCAAUGCCAGCCCCUUCCAAUACUCCAAAGUCAAGCACUUGCUGAAAGACCUGGACGAACUGAUGGAAGCCGUCCUCGAGAGGAUCCUGGCUCCGGAGCCGGGCCAUGCCAACGCCACCAGGGCCCUAAACUUCACCAUCUGGAACCACACACCCCUGGUCCUCAUUGAUGAGCGGGACCCCCACCACCCAGUGGUCCUGGACCUCUUCGGGGAUAACUACAACGGCUCAGCAAGCAGCAGCCCGGCGCCCGGCAGCAUCUGCAAUGGCCAAGGCUGCAAAGUGGCCAUGAGACUUUGCAGCCGCAAUGGAACGACGUGCACCUUCCAGAACUUCACAAGUGCCACGCAGGCUGUGACAGAGUGGUACGUCCUGCAGGCCACCAACGUCUUCUCCCAGGUGCCGAGAAAAGAGCUGAUGAAGAUGGGUUACCCCAGCGAGCGGCUCAUCCUGGCCUGCCUGUUCGGGGCCGAGCCCUGCAACCACAGGAACUUCACAUCCAUCUUCUACCCUGAUUAUGGCAACUGUUACAUCUUCAACUGGGGCAUGACAGACAAGAUCCUCCCUUCCGCCAACCCUGGAGCUGAAUCUGGCCUGAAGCUGGUCCUGGACAUAGGCCAGGAGGACUACGUGCCCUUCCUCACGUCCACUGCCGGGGCCCGGCUGAUGCUGCACGAGCAGAAGUCCUACCCCUUCAUCAAAGACGAGGGCAUCUACGCCAUGGCAGGGACCGAGACGUCCAUCGGGGUCAUGGUGGACAAGUUGGAGCGCAAAGGCAAGCCCUACAGCCAGUGCACCAUGAAUGGCUCCGACGUCCCCAUCCGAAACCUCUACAGCAGCUACAACACAACCUACUCCAUCCAGGCCUGCCUUCGCUCCUGCUUCCAAGAUCACAUGAUCCAAAACUGCAGCUGUGGCCACUACCUGUACCCGCUGCCCCGUGGAAAAAGAUACUGCAACAAUCACGACUUCCCGGACUGGGCCUUCUGCUACUCGGCCCUGCGGAUGAGCCUGAAGCAGAGGGAGACGUGCAUCAGCCAGUGCAGCGAGUCCUGCAGUGACACCAAGUACAAGAUGACCAUCUCCAUGGCUGAGUGGCCUUCUGAAUCCUCAGAGGACUGGAUUUUCCACGUCUUGUCCCAGGAGCGGGACCAAAGUGCCAAUAUCACCAUAAGCAGGAAGGGAAUUGUCAAGCUCAACAUCUACUUCCAAGAAUUCAACUAUCGUACCAUCGAAGAGUCUCCAGCCACCAAUGUUGUCUGGCUGCUCUCCAACCUGGGUGGCCAGUUUGGCUUCUGGAUGGGGGGCUCAGUGCUGUGCCUCAUCGAGUUUGGUGAGAUCAUCAUCGACUUCCUGUGGAUCACCGUCAUCAAGCUGGUGGCCUUCGCCAGGAGCCUGCGGCAGAGGCAGGCCGGGGCGCGCUACGCAGGGCCGCCGCCCACCGUGGCCGAGCUGGUGGGGGCCCAUACCAACUUCAGCUUCCAGCCCGAUGUGGACGACCGUGGGUCUGACACGGGGGGCUAUGCCGAUGGGCAAACCAUGCCCAUCCCGGGCACCCCGCCCCCCAACUACGACUCUCUGCGCCUGCAGCCGCUGGACAUCAUUGAGUCUGACAGUGAGGGCGAUGCCAUCUAGGGCCAGCCCUGCCCACCCUGGGAGGCACCAGGCCUUGGUCCUGAGAAGCCAAGGGGCCCUGCCCAUUUUUACGGUGCCUUCUCACAGGGCAGGGCUGAAGCGGCACACACCCGGAGCCUUGGUCCUGUGCUCACCUACCCAAGAGCCAGGGCCCCAUGGCUCACGGAGGGGGCACUGCAUUCUCACCCGCCCCAGCUGGGCUCCGGAGACCCUCGAACUCCCUGCUGGAAAGACAGGCCACUUGCAGCGCCCAUCACCAUCUGCCUGAGGGACAGAGGCAGGUGGGCCCACCUACUCUCUGUGCCUUCCUGGCCUUGGCUGGCCUCUGGGAACAGGUUCAGGGAGGGUGAGGGGCACAGGGCCCCUCUAGCUGGCACACAUUCUGCUUGAGACAAUAAAAGUGGGAGCCCAGGA